ACUUUGAUAGUUGACUAACCUCAAAGUAUGAGAUGUAGUUUGCCAUUAAUUUCGAAGAUCUUGUCAAAAAAUGUUAAAAUUUAGUAAAUUAUUAAGAUGCUACCAUUAUUAUACACAAAAUGUAAGGCAUGUAAACUAUGUUAAAAGUAUUUCGUGCUAUUGUCAUCACCACAACUCGAAUAAUGCUAUACAAUGUAUAAAUCGACCCUAUCAAGACAGAAAGAGUGAUUCCAGAUAUAGAAAAAUACCCAUAAAUUAUACUUUUUGUUUUGCAUACUUACCUUUUGCCAUUGUGGCUUGUGAUGCUGUGUUUUCCCAUAAUGAUAGAAAGUUUUUUCGUGCCAUUCAGUAUGGAUCUCCUGCAGAAGUCCAACGAAUGAUAGAAACGUACCAGCCAGAUGUUAAUAAACGCCAUAAACUAGGUUGGACACCAUUAAUGUUGGCUGCUGUGAAUGGAAAGCACAACACAUGUAAAGUAUUGCUUAAAGCAGGUGCAGAUCCCAAUUUGGGAGAUGAAUAUGUAAAUCCUAAAAGAAUAUCCAAAAUCACUGGAAUGCAUUCUCUAGAAGUCAUGCUAAUAAGGGAGGAGGAGUUCUCAAGUCUCUUAAACAAUAAUGCAACGUUUUAUGGCUUUACUGCUCUACAUUAUGCAGUUCUUUCAGAUAGUCUGGAAACAGUUAGAAUUCUUUUGGAGGCCGGUGCAGAUCCCCUUUUAGAAAAUGAUGCCGGUCAUAAACCAAUACAGUAUGCAAAGGAAGAACCCAUCAAGAAGCUUCUUGAGAAACAGAUGGAAAAAGCUGAAGUAGUGAAGAAAGAAAAAGAAUUAGAAGAAAGGAGACGAUUUCCAUUAGAAGAAAGACUCAAGGAGCAUAUUGUUGGUCAACAAGGGGCAAUUACAACUGUUGCAGCAACAAUAAGAAGAAAGGAAAAUGGCUGGGUGGAUGAUGAACAUCCUUUGGUCUUCUUGUUUUUAGGAUCAUCUGGUAUUGGAAAAACUGAACUUGCCAAACAGUUGGCUUCUUAUAUUCAUAAGGACAAAGCAUCUGGAUUUAUUAGAUUGGAUAUGUCAGAGUAUCAAGAAAAACAUGAAGUUGCUAAACUUAUAGGAGCCCCUCCAGGUUACGUGGGUCACGAUGACGGCGGUCAAUUGACGAAAAAACUGAAAAAGUGUCCAAAUGCUGUUGUCCUUUUCGAUGAGGUGGAUAAGGCUCACGCGGAUGUUCUUACUGUCCUUUUGCAACUCUUUGACGAAGGACGACUAACAGACGGUAGGGGAAAAACUAUCGAGUGUAAGGAUGCAAUUUUUAUAAUGACCUCGAACUUGGCUAGUGAAGAAAUUGCACAGCAUGCACUUGACCUGAGACAAGAAGUUGAAAACCUGAGACAGAAAAGGCUGGCAAACAGCAAGAAAGCAGGUUUCAACCUCAGGUCAAAUUUUGAUAUAAACGCAGAUGGUAACGAGCCUUCAGAUGACAUUCAGAUUUCUCGAAAAUUUAAAGACCACGUAGUGAAACCAAUCUUGAAAAGACACUUUAAAAGGGACGAAUUUUUGGGGCGUAUUAACGAAAUUGUCUAUUUUUUACCAUUUUCAAGGGUAGAACUUCUGCAGUUGGUAGGAAGAGAACUGGAUACUUGGGCUAAAAGGGCAAAUGAAAAACACAAAAUAGAAUUAAAAUGGGAUAGGAGUGUCGAAUCUGCUUUAGCUGAUGGCUAUGAUGUAAAUUAUGGUGCAAGAUCCAUCAAAUAUGAAGUGGAGAGACGUAUAGUAAAUCAGCUUGCUGCAGCUCAUGAAAAGGGAGUUAUAAAUGCUGGUAGUACAGUAGUUAUAUCAGCUUUGUGGCCUGAAAAUGCAGAAUCAGCACAAAUUCGGUUACAAGUCAAAAAGAAAGGCGUUAAAGACUUCGUCGAAAUCGAUCAUUUUCAGUCUCCUUUUAAAAAUAUAAAUUUUUAACAUUGUUUAAGUUUUCUUUCUUUUUUUUGAGUUUGUACAGUAACUCAUUAAUUAUACACCUCUGAAAUUGUG